AUGAAGGCUACGGACAAAAUCAACAUCGACCCUAAACUCUUCGGCAUCACCAAAAUAAAAAAGCUUAAGCCAAAGCUUGAGCUUAAUACAGACCAUUUUACUCUAAAGUCUCCAACCUCGCUUGCUUCAGCCAGAAACCCCACUAUGAAGAAAGACUUCUUCACUGCUUCCUACCUUUGCAAAUAAGACUGGGUCAAAACCUAAGGCUGCUUUCAAGGAGAAGAAGCCCAUAAUUUCAAAAAGGAGUAUCAGCAACUGAAGUAUGGCCAAGACUACCAAGAACCAGGAUUAUAACAAGGACAUCAACCUGAUCUGAGAUAACUUUGACAGAGAGAAUACUGACACACUUGCAUCUAUAGAGAAAUAGCUCACAAGAAACAAUUGAUUUCCCUAUUAAAAUGAUCAUGAAGAAUUUUGGAAAAGUACCUAAUCAUAUUAGUAUUCGUGAUGAGAAAGGGAGCUCUAAGAAGAAGAAAAAAUCAAAGAAGAGAGUCAACAGCAGCCGUAAGAAUCUUGGCUCUGCUGGUGCUAGUAAGUGACUUACCCAGAAUAAGCCCAAGCAGCCGAAAGGAAGGAACAAUAAUCGAUCAAAUAAUACCCCUUUCAAGAGAAAAACAGUUGCUUUUAACUGGAAUAUCCCAUCAAGAUUUUCGAAAGAAAAGAUCAUACCUCAGAGUACUAAGAAUUCACAGAGAAAGAUUUUGCUAGAUUACGGCAGCUCUAAAUAAGAUUACAGGCAAAGAAUUAAAGUUAAAGAGCAGGAGGAACUCUCGAAAGCAAACAGGGUCGAAUAUUCACAAUAGUGAUUAUUCCAAGACUUAUUCCAAAAGAGUAGCCAAAAGAUCAGGGGAUUAUAAUCUCAAAUAAGACUAUUCCUUCAAAAUCCAAGAGAUCACCUGGAAGACAUGACCGAAAGAUACACAAAAGUAAGGAGAAAUAAGUUGCCUGAGAAAUACCCAAUAAUCUUCCCUGAAGACUUCUACAAUGAGACCAAGGUUUAUGAGUCAGAGCAACUAAAUACUGACCCAAAAAGAGACAAGCACAAAAGGAUCAUAAGAGAUCGGAUCUGUGUAGAAGCUCAAAAUACUAGAAUUACCAAGAGAACCAAAUCGCUUGGACUCCUCAAAGAUGCAGUCUAUAUAACUAAUAAGAAAGCACAUCCUGGUGCUACAGAUUCGAUGACUAAUAAAGAUACCAGUACAAAAAUAACUGCGAAUAAGAAUCCCAUAUUUGAGUCUGUAAAGUACAUGCUUGGGACUCCAAGGAUGACAAAGUCUCAGCCUCUAAUUGCUCCAGAGGCUCCAACAGACCCGAAUUAUGCAGCGAUGGAGGCUUUGAAGUACAAACUUAAACAUUUUCUACAGAACCAAGAUCAGGUGGUGCUUAAGCUAAAGAAAGAGAUUGAAUUUCUUCGUCAAGAAAACGAAUACUUGCGAUCUAAAAAUAACUAA